AUGGGAAAUCCCACAAAACCUUGCAUUAUUUGCCUUGAAAUGUAUGAUGAACCAGAUUUGAUCAAAUUGACAUCUACUUCUCCAGAGAAUGAAACUUACAUGAAUCAGAUGCAAUAUGCUCUAAACAUAGAUUUCGUUUUCGAUGAUUCUUCAGAAAUAUGCAUGUACUGUCUGGAAGAUUUGAACAAAGUUUACCAGUUCAGGAAAAAAUUCGAUGUUGCAGUGGAAUACUGGAAAAUAUACGACAGCAAGCAAAAUAGCCAAAAUGCCUUAACAAGUGAUAUUAAACUAGAAAAUGAUGGCUCAGAGGGUGAAGGUUCUUGCAUGGAAUCCAUAAAGAAAGAGGAAAUUGAGUUUGUAGCUACAUUUGCUUGUGGUAGAUGUCAACUAAUGUUCAACAGUGCUGCUAAGCUAGUCUCUCACCAGUGCACCAAGCCAAACAACCCUGUGAAGCAGAAAAUCCCUCAAACUAAAGUGCAGCCAGUCAAACAACCUAUAGAGGUUUGCUGUAAAAUUUGUGAGUGCACAUUUGACCAGCAAUGGAAACUGAACAGGCACAUAACCAGAGAACAUAGAGCCAAUAAAUAUAACUGUGCAUAUUGUGGCAGGAACUUCUCAAACUCCCUCAAUCUUAGAGAGCAUGAAGCUGCUCAUACUGGCACCAUGAACUACAACUGUGAGAUCUGUGGCAAGCUGUUCCUGAGGCUGUCUUCACACAAAAGACACUUGAUGAGUCACCAAGGCAAAAAACCAAAAAUGAAACCCUUUCUGUGCAACAUCUGUGGAAAGAGCUUUCCAGUCAGCAAUGGAAUGCAGAGACAUAUGAGAACCCAUAUGGGAGAUCGCAGGCACAUUUGUAAGAUCUGUGGGAAGCGCUUCAUGCAGUCCACUCACUUGAAAGUCCACUUGAGGAUACAUACUGGGGAAAAACCUUAUGGUUGCCAUGUGUGUCAUUCCUGGUUCACACUACCUGCCACUUUGAGGAAACAUUUGAAGGUGCAUGAGAGAGAAGGGAUCAGUUUUGUGGAGAGUGAGAGCAAUGUUGGACAAAGUGAAGAUUUAUUUCAACAAAAUGAUGAGGCUGAUGAAGCAGUCCAGACUUUGGUCACUUUUGGUUAG